AUAAAUACUUUGAGUUCAUAUGGAAAACACAUUAUUACGAUGGCAGUUGUGUUGUUUGUGUGUCUUUCGUUAUUCGCUUGUACGACUGUCUAUGCGGGCGUGCAACACGAUGUACGAACAGUACUUGAUGGAUCACUAUUUAAUCCAUAUAAUAAUGAAAUACAAAUAGUUAAGAAUGAAAAUGAACAAAAGCCUGUGAACGAGCAGUUCCCGUCCGCUGUACUCUUCGGCAGGACUUGCGGUGGUACCAUCAUUAGCCCUACGUGGAUUCUCACAGCCGGUCACUGUACGCUGUUCACUAAUGGAAGAGAUAUACUCGCAGGGACUAAUAACACGGAAAACGGUUCCGGUCUUCGGCGUAAAGUCAAACGCCUCGUGAUCCACCCUCGGUUCUCAGUCGGACCUUACUGGCUCGACGCAGAUCGUUUUAAUCUCAAAGAGGUGGGAGCGCGAUGGGAUUUCCUGCUAGCAGAAUUAGAAAGUCCUCUUCCUUUAAAUGGCAAGACGAUGGUUGCAGCGCAACUGGACGAUCUCACCAGGCACUCUCCCGGAGAAGAGGCUGGCUAUGCUGGUUACGGCGCAGACAGACAUGGUGGAAUGAUGCGCGAAGAAAUGCAUGGCAUGGACCUAGAAAUAUUAGCUGAUGAAGAGUGUUCCAAUUUAGUGGAAUUCGACAAACAAGACAUGAUAUGUACGAGAGGACGUCCGCCUCGCUAUGAUUCUGCCUGCAAUGGAGAUAGUGGCAGUGGGCUCAUAAGGAACGGUAAAAUAGUUGGUGUCGCUUCUUGGGUUGAAAACGAUGCUCACGAAUGCCGAAACGGCGCUAGAGUUGUAUUCUCCAGAGUUGCCAGCGUGGUUGAUUGGAUUAAGCAAGUUACGAAGAUAUGAUUAAUAUGUACACAGUUCAUAGAAAGCUUCAUUACACGUAAAAGAAUAUUUUGAAAAAAAUAAAAACAGAAAUAACCAAAGAGUACAAGUACUUUUAGAAGUUGAAUUUAAAUUUUUAGAAAUAGAUAAUUUUUAUAUGUAUGAAAUAUUAUAGGAUAUAAUGUUAUAGUCUACGUUUUUAUAUGCCUAUAUAAAAAUGCCUGGACUAAAACCGAUUAAAUUUAACACAUAAAAAAGCAAAAAAAAUACAACAAAAAUUAUAUGACUGACAAAAAAAAACGAAUGUGGGAGCGUAUUGAGCGGUUCUCCACAAAAAUUUGUGAAGAAUUUGAUCUCUAAAAAUUACGACGCAUUAUGUACUCCAUAAAAAAAUUUACAAUAAAAUUUACGACAAAUUAGCAAAAGCUAUAAUCCUAAGGUAUGCUUUUGAUGUACACGACAUACUUUAGCAAUAAAUAGGGUAGUUAGCAAGCACAGUUAGUAGCCACGCAUCUUAUAACAAAAUAUGUCCGCUACAAAUGUAAGCAUUGCUCUCUCACAUCUAGUCAAGUUUGCUUUUGUCUGUUGCAAUUGUGUACUUCAGUAAAACUCGCAUUAAAAUUCUUUUAUUUUGUACUUGCAAGGGACAAAUAAAUUUGUUAAAUAUGAAAAAUGUGACGUAAAUAUCUUAUGACAAUAACAAUAUUUUCAAAAGCCAAAUUGUAAAUAGAGCAUUGGAAAUAAGCAUAAGAUUGAUUAAUGCAUAGGAUUUCCAUUACAGGCAUAAGUAGAAUUAGGUAUAAGCAAAGUAUACAACAGGUUAUUUAACCUUGUUGACUUUUGUAAUUUACGACUAUUUAUCAAAUUAUUAUACGUACAAUUUCGUUAUAUUAGAAUAUAUUUUUAUAUCUGAAUAACAAGGUUAAGAUUUUCAAUAUCGACUUCGAUUUCACCAUAAAAAUAAUAUAAUGUUUCGACGUCUACUUAAUUCUAAUUCUAACUCUAUUUUUUACCUACUAUGAAAAUGAUUUCAUUGUUAAAAUUUGUUACAUAAAACAAUAAAAUGUAUAUACCGCU